UAUCACAAUAAGGUGACGUGCUUCAUGCUGCAGCAGAUCGAAGAGUGCUGCUCCCUGGGCGCUCACGCUGCCGUCAUCGUCCCGCCCACCUGGAUCAUCAGGGUCCGCAGGACUCAGUCGUCUUUAAAGUCGAGUAAAAAGAAGAAGAGGACGUCGCUGAAAUGCAACAAGUCGAGCAAGAAGGGAUCAGAGCUGCAGGACGGCCGCUGGAAGCCCUUCCUGGUGAAGCCUCUGCCCUCUCAGCUCAUGAAGCCGCUGCUGGUGUUUGUGAACCCAAAGAGCGGAGGAAACCAG